AUGGCUGAGGCAGUAAGUGGCACUGGUUGUGAGAGCAGUGGAAUCCGGGAAUUUGCAUCGAUCCAACCUUCAUUAGGUCUCUGGAUGUAUUCUAAAGUUCAUUUCUAUUGUUUACUUACUUUUCCCAAGCUAGUACUACUUCUUUUAUUGCGUUGGGGUAGUUCUAAUGAGAACAUAUCUGACAUACUGUCAAUUAUUGGCGCUAACGCGAACGUUGUUAGGGUUACCAACGACAAGAUGGUCAGAAAAGAGUCAGUUUCAUAUUUAAUUGUUUUGAAACGCGUGACAUACGUUUUGCAAGCUAUACUUUACAUUUGCUUAAAUGAGACAACCGGGUUAAGUGAGAAUGGCCAGAUUUCGGCUGCUCUAAUAAAUAUUACAUAUCCUCUGGCGUUCCGUAGUGAGUCUGGAGAGUGCCUUUGCGAUAGCAAGAUUGAACUGCUUAGAAGUGCAGUCUUCGCACAUGAUUUUUUGUCGAGGAUAGAAGUGAAAAGAAAAAGUGGUGCCAAAGUUCAAUCGUCGCAGUGCUUCGCUCUUAUAUUUUCUGGAGGGAAGACUUUUCUUUCAACUGGAGGAAAAUGUUGGGAUGAAACGAGGUCGUCGGAUGAAAACGGGGUUGUUACAGCUAAUUUCAAAUCGAUUUUGAAGAAUAACACUUUUAAAAAUAGUAAUGGCAGGCUGUUGGCUGUGGUGGCAGAUGCGAAGCUGCGCAUCAAGGAGAAACUGGACCGUUUGCAGGAGGAAUAUGCUAGGGCUAAUGUUAGCGCUUUGAAUGCCACAAUUUCUGAGGCUGAGUCUUUUGAAUUAGUUAUUGAGGGUCCUAGAGGACGGCGAACUUCGACACCCACCUUUAGUGGUGAUACAAGUAUGAAGGUCGAGGACGAAAGGUACGAGCUUUUUGCAAAAAUAAAAGCAACCGAGAAGAGGCUCUGGAUGGAACAGGAGAAAUUUAAAUACUCGAUGAUUCCUGGUCGUGAUGUAUCAGAAGCAAGGUUAAAAUUUUUCAGACAGUAUGCGUCAGGUUCAGUUACACCUAAACGGACUUCGCUCAAUCGAACACCUCUUUCAUUAAACGCCAAGCAUAACCUCGCAGAUAGGAAAUGUUUAUCUACGGGCUGCGGGCGUCGAAAGUCAAAAAGACCUUUAAUUGAUGAACUAGCUACACCAAGAAGGAGCAAGAGGCGUUUAAAAUCAUAG